AUGGAGAAGUACCAGAUUUUGGGCCAAAUGAGUCCUGGGGCCUUGGGGGUGAACGUGGUGGUGGAGGAAACAGGAAACAAAGUCAAGCACGUGAUAAAGCAGGUGGAAUGUAUUGAUGAACAUCAGGCCAACGAGGCCCUGGAAGAGCUGAUGCCUCUGCGGAAGCUCCAGCACCCCCACAUCUCCAUAUACCAGGAGCUCUUCAUCAUAUGGAACAGUGAGAUCUCCUCUCUGUUCCUCUGCCUGGUGAUGGAGCACAACAAUGGGAGCUUCCAGAAGGUCAUUGAGAAGAAGAGGGAGACCAGGACAAUCAUUGACUCUGAAUGGUUGCAGAACAUGCUGGGCCAGGUGUUGGACGCUUUGGAAUACCUGCACCAACUGGACCUCAUCCACAGGAAUCUCAAGCCCUCCAACAUAGCCCUUGUCAGCAGCACCCACUGCAAAUUACAGGACCUGAGCUCCCACGCACUGAUGACAGACAAAGCCAAGUGGAACAUCCGCGCAGAGGAAGACCCUUUUCAGAAGUCCUGGAUGGCCCCCGAAGCGCUCAACUUCUCCUUCAGCCAGAAAUCGGACAUCUGGUCCCUGGGCUGCAUCAUUCUCGACAUGGUCAGCUGCUCCUUCAUAAAUAGAGCAGAAGCCAUGCAUCUGCGAAAGUCCAUCCGGAGCAUGCCUGACGGCCUGAAGGGCGUCCUGCAGACCAUGGAGGAGAAGAAGAUCCCCGAUGUGGAAACCUUCCGUUCUCUUCUACCUUCGAUGCUGCAGAUCGACCCCUCGGAGCGAGUAACGAUCAGGGAUGUGAUCCACAUCACCUUCGUGAGCAGCAACUUCCAGUCCUCCAGUGUUGCUCUGACCCUGCACCGGCAGGUGGUCCCUGCCUUCAUCACCGACCUGCUGCUGGAAAGUAACGUCGCCAGCAUUUUAGAGGUCAUGCAGAGCUUCUCCAGCCAACCUGAAGUCCAGCUCAGAGCCAUGAAGAGGCUCCUAAGAAUGCCUGAAGACCAGCUAGGUCUGCCGUGGCCGAUGGAGCUGGUAGAGAUGUUGAUCACCAUCAUGAAGCAACACGAGAGGAUCCUUGACAUACAGCUCUACGCCUGUUCCCUCCUGCUGCGCAGCCUGGGUCAAGCGCUGGCGCAGGACCCGGCGGCCGAGGUGCUGAGUGACAGCUCCAUCAUCUCUGUCCUGCUGAGCACCCUGUGGAGCCACCCCGAGUCAGAGCAGCUCCUGGUCACGGUCUACAGCCUGCUCACCAUCAUCUCCAGCCAGGAAUCGGCCUCAGAGAAGCUGCAGAAUGCUGGGCUGUUUGAGCAUAUCCUGGAGCACCUGAGUGCCUUCUCCACAAACAGGGACAUCUGCAUCAAUGGCCUGAGCCUGCUCUGGGCCCUGAUGGUGGACGCUAUCACUGUGAACAAGACCCCUUUGGAGAAAGCCGCGGUCCUCAUUCCCGAGGUGCUGGCCACCUACCCCGGGGACGCGGAGAUGGCUGAAGCCGGCUGCGGAGUCUUCGGGCUGCUGUCCAUGCUAGGUUGCAUAAAGGAGCACCAGUUUGAAGAUGUGGCGGCCCUGUUCCUGCGAAGCAUCCGGCUGUGCCCGGACAGAGCCCUGCUGGUGAACAACGCCUACCGGGGGCUGGCCAGCCUCGCAAAGGUGUCCGAGCUGGCGGCCCUGCAGGUGGUAGUGCCAGAGGAGAGCGGCAGCGGCCUCGACCUCCUCCAGGAGAUGUACCGGCUCUACAAGGACGACCCUGAGGUGGUAGAGAAUGUCUGCAUGCUGCUGGCCAACCUGGCCAACUACAAGGAGAUCCUGCCUGAGCUGGUGUCCAGUGGCAUUGGGCCCCUGGUCCAGGAGAUCAAGGAGCGCUUCACCUCCAGCCUGGAGCUGGUUUCAUACGCAGAGACGGUGUUGCUAAGGCUGGAGGCCACCACGCCACCCAGCUCCGCAGGAGGACAGUCAGCUCUGCCCUGA